UGUUCUCUGCUGUGGUAGAGGAUAAGAGAAGCCUGGUUUUGGGACUUUCCCGAUGGGCCCAGACUUCCUUGCUGCCCUUUCCAGAGGCAAAUCAAUCUGGUGGCUUGUUUUCUAUUUGCCCCAGAGCUCACAAGAAGCCAUCUGCACUCUUGCCAUCCAACCUGCAAUGCACUGCAUUGCCCCAAAGAGGCUAUAUACUUCACAGAAACAGUUGUCUGCUCCCCUUCGCUGGAAAACUUUGCAAGACCCCCUUCCCCGAGUCAUAUCCAGUCCUGUCUUAGCAAGAUGGCGUGGCAGAGAGGACUGGAUUCAGCGACCUUUAUUCACGCUAGGUGGGUAAAGAGGAGAGGGAGAAAGGUCCGUUUAAGUAACUUGAAGCAUAGAAGAGUAGCCGCUGCACCGGCUAGCAAACCGCCUUCCUCUCGCCCUCUUUUGCUGAGAUCGGGCCUAGUGCGGAGGUGGCGGCAGCGGAAACAAUGAGCUCCAAAGCUUACGUUCCCGAAAGUUGCUCAUCGCCGUAAAUUCUCCCCCCUCCUGCCCGAGAGAGAGAGAGAGGGCCGCCGCUGCCGCUUAUGGCAGCACUAAACGGGAUCUCCCGCGCGCGUCGGGCGAUUCUGGGAGCUGCACGCCAGACUGAAGCUCGCUUCGCUCGGCGCUCGACUGCUUGCGGGAAUCCCGAAUCCCGGCUGCCUUGGGAGGCGAAGGCUCUGCAGCCUAGACUAGCUCAGCCGAGCGCCGAGCCAGGCUUCCAGGAACAAUAACAGAAGAGCCGGGGUUGCGGGAGCAGAGACGGGCGCCCCCCCCCCCAGCCUGCUCGCCCGUGAGCCCCCUUCCCCCGGGUCGCGCGGCCCCGCUCCAUGAUGUAUGCCUUCGUGCGGUUCCUGGAGGAUAACGUGUGUUAUGCGCUGCCCGUGUCGUGCGUGCAGGACUUCAGCCCCAAAUCCCGGCUCGACUUCGACAACCAGAAGGUUUACACCGUCUACCGCAGCCCGGCCCACGACCCCGAGGACGGCGACGAGAGCCCCGGCGAGUGGAGAGAGCGGCCGCCACUGCACAAGGCCCAGAUCCUGGCGCUGGCAGAAGAUAAAACAGACCUUGAAAACAGUGUGAUGCAGAAGAAAAUUAAAAUCCCCAAGCUCUCUCUCAAUCACCUAGAAGAAACAGGGGAAAUUACAGAUUAUGGGGAUGAAGAUAUGGAACUUAGACACUGUAAGAGACAAGAUGGAAAGAAACAGAAUGAAGGUACGCACAAAAGCAUUGAAGCAGUUGUUGCGCGCCUUGAAAAACAAAAUGGAAUGAGCCUCAGUAGUAAUUCCAGUCCUGAGGCAACAUUUAUGGAAACUUCAGACAGAAUGAACAAUAUGGACGAUGCUGUAGUUCCUCGAGUUCUUUAUGAAGAGUUGCUGAGAAGCUAUCAGCAACAGCAGGAAGAAAUGAGGCACAUUCAACAGGAACUUGAGAGAACAAGAAGGCAGCUUGUUCAGCAAGCAAAGAAGUUAAAGGAGUAUGGGACAUUAGUGUCAGAAAUGAAGGAGCUAAGAGAUUUGAACAGACGGCUACAGGAUGUCCUCCUCCUCAGAUUAGGCAGUGGUCCUGUCCUAGAACUUGAAAAGGUUACACCUGAAUCCAUUGAACCUGAGCCUGAUGUACAGACAGCUUUCAGUGAGGAAGCAAACACUUCAACGUACUACCCAGCUGCUAUUCCUGUAAUGGACAAAUAUAUUCUUGAGAAUGGAAAGGUUCAUCUUGGAAGUGGCAUCUGGGUAGAUGAGGAGAAAUGGCAUCAGUUGCAAGUAACACAAGGAGAUUCAAAGUAUACAAAAAACUUAGCAGUUAUGAUUUGGGGAACCGAUGUUCUUAAAAAUAGAAGUGUUACGGGUGUGGCCACUAAGAAAAAAAAAGAUGCUGUUCCUAAGCCACCUCUGUCACCUCACAAAUUAAGCAUUGUCAGAGAAUGUUUGUAUGACAGAAUAGCACAAGAAACCCUGGAUGAAACAGAAAUUGCACAGAGACUCUCCAAAGUCAACAAGUAUAUUUGUGAAAAAAUCAUGGAUAUCAAUAAAUCAUGUAAAAAUGAGGAAAGGAGAGAAGCAAAAUAUAAUUUGCAAUAAAUUUUGAAUUUUUAAUAAAGCGUUAGUGUUUUACUCUGGUA